CUUCAUCUGCUCAUUUGAGAUACAGCAUCGACCAUCCAACAGUACUCAAUAGCAACGAUUAAAAGGCCACAUGCUGAGGUGUACGAUUUGCACUGUCCAUGUUCUAACCAGGAGCAACCAACUAUUGGUCCAUAAUCAAGCUUUCUUCUCAGAACUGAAGUCAUAUUCACAGGCAUUAUUUCUGGCAGUAGUUUCAUUUCAUUCCUCUGCUACCUUCAAAAACGCCAUUACUUGCCCAUCCAUCCAUCUGUCCAGAAUGGAUUUCUUGGGUCCAGUUGUGCAGAUCAUUCUCUUCUUCUGGGCUCCCGUUUCUCAGCAGAUCGGUUAUCUCAAACACCUUAAUAACAAUGUAGAGACAUUGAAGAAGGAAACGGAAGAACUACAAGACAAGCGUCACCAAAUUCAAGCCGACGUCAACCAUGCUAUAUCAGUCGGAAAGACACGGGUUCGCCUUGUGGAGAGCUGGCUUGUGGACGUCACCAAUAUCGAAGCUCAAGUCGAUGAUUUAAGAAGGGAAUUCGAGCAACCUAGAACGUGCUUGAACGGUUGUUGCACCAAUCACUUCUCUCGCUACAAGCUGGGCAAAAGGGUCGUUAAAAAGCUCAAAGAUGUGGAAAUCCUCAAAGCUAAAGGGGUCUUCGAUAAGGUGGCUGAGAGCCCUCGCCGGCCGCCAGUGUUGGAAAUGCAACCCUCGCUGCCACGGGUACAGCAAAGCAAGUCCGAGGAAACCAUGGAGGAGAUAUGGGAAUGCUUACACGACGAGGAAAAUGGCAUCAUAGGCGUUUAUGGGAUGGGCGGAAUAGGGAAAACCACUCUCAUGAAAGCCAUAAACAAUAAGUUCAUCGGAACUGAUUACUUCAACAUCGUGAUUUGGGUAACUGUGUCCAAUGACCUCAACUUGGGAUUAAUCCAAGAGCAAAUUGGAAAGAAGUUGGAUAUCAUGUUCGGCGAUAACGAAGAUAUGGCAGAGAAGCGGGACAGGCUGUUUAUUCGGUUGAAGAAUGUGAGGUAUCUGAUCAUCUUAGAUGAUCUAUGGGAAGCAUUUAGUUUGGAUCAAGCUGGAAUUCCAAAGCCAGACAAGAAAAACAGAUGCAAGAUCGUGAUAACGUCCCGAUCCGUCGCAGUGUGUAAUGCAAUGGUGGCUGAUAAGUUUAUUAAAGUCAGAGCUCUUACACAUGAGGAAGCGUGGAAUUUGUUCUGUGAAGGAUCUGGGGAUGUAGUUCUGUCAUCAGAGAUUCGACCGGUAGCUGAGAAGGUUGUAAAGGAGUGCAGCGGAUUACCACUUGCAAUUAAGACAGUGGGACGGGCCAUGCAUGGCAAGGAAAGGAAAGAGGUAUGGGAGAAUGCAUUGAGGGCAUUGAAAGGAUCAUCACCUGAGGUUCGAGUUAUGGAGCGUGAAGUGUUUCUUCCUUUGAAACUUAGUUAUGAUUACUUAGAGAAUGAAGAGAUAAAAUCUUGUUUCCUGUAUUGCUCAUUGUUUCCGGAAGAUCAUGAAAUACCAAUAGAUGAGCUAGUAAGAUGUUGGGCCGUGGAGGAAGGAUUUAUAGAAAAUGUGAAUAACUUGGAAGAAGCAUCAAACAAGGGACACGACAUCCUUGAAAGAAUCAAGGACGCAUGCCUCUUGGAGAAAGGGUCGUACGGAAAUGAAUUUGUUAGGAUGCAUGAUUUGCUCCGUGACUUGGCUAUAUGGAUCACUUCAACAUCGUCGUCGAAAUUCCUUGUGAAAGCCGGGGAGGGACUAGAGCAGCCACCAGAAGAGAAAAUGUGGAGAGGGGUUGUAAGGAUUUCAUUGAUGUUCAGCAAGAUAAAACAUCUCCAAAUUACGCCUGAUUGUCCUAACUUGGUCUCCUUGUUCCUCAAUCGAAACAGUCAAUUACGUACCAUUCGCAGUAAUUUCUUCGAGCUCAUGCCAAAACUACAGAUCCUUGAUCUAAGUGAUACUGGCAUUGAAUCUCUCCCGAUGUCAUUAUUGCAAUUGGUGAAUCUACGUGUGCUCAGUCUAAGAUACUGCAUGCAUCUAGUGGAGGUGCUGCCAUUGGGAAAGCUGAAGGAACUCCAAAUUCUUGAUCUCUCAAAUUCUAGACUCAGAAACUUCCCUCAAGGCAUUGCAAGCUUGGUUAAACUCAAGAGGUUGGAUAUAUCAUUGACUUCAUUCACUGCAGUUCCCUUCACUAUGAUAUACGGGCUACCUAGUCUGGAGGAAGUAAGCAUGUGGCGUUUGAAGGAAAACGUGGACGGAGCUACUUUCGGUGAGGCUGUGAACAUGAAACGCCUGACAUCUUUACGUAUCAGUUUGUCCAAUCUUAAUGGCUUCAUCGCACAUGAUACGUUCCAUCGAUGGUUUUCGGGCUUGACAAGUUUCCAUGUUAUGGUUAACAAUAUUACACCUUACCCGCCUUUCUCUGAUAAGCAGAUAAGCAUUUGUGAAUGUGACAAAUUCCCAUGCGGGAUUGAGGGGUUGACAAAACAUGCAGUCUCUUUAUACUUGUGUGGAAGCAAAGGUUUAACAAGUCUUUCUAAGUUCCAAGGCGAUUUAAAGAGCUUAAGAAAACUUGAAGUCAUUGAAUGCAGUGGAGUGGAAUGCAUUAUAGACUGGAGAGAGGUUGGAUAUGAUGCAUUCCAAUGUUUACAGAGUUUGGAACUCCUUGAUUUACCAAACUUGUAG